UUCUUUAGUUUUUUACCAACACAGUCACACUGACAAUUGUGACAAUUUACCGUGUUGUAUAUUUUUCAUUAAUACUAGUAAAUAAAGAAGGACUUUAGUCUCCGAAGUUGUGUUAUGAAACUCAGGAUCCUUGGGUUUCACAACAGGGCUAAAAGCUAUCCUCUUGUCCAAUCAGAGCGCACGCUGCUGCGUCACGUGACUUUUAUUUAUGUAAUGUAAUGGUGUUACACAGUAACCUAGCUUCGUGGCUUUGGAUAGCUCCCGACAUGGGUUAAAAGCGGACACAGACUUUAAAAAAAAUUGAAGAAAAAACAAAAAAGGAGCUCCUCUGUGGAUUAAUUUCUUUGUUUUUGGGGGUGCUGUCUUUGGAGUUUGAGCCGUCGAGGGAAGAGAGCCGCGUGCUGGACUGUGGAAGCUGCUUGAAUUAAACCUGUCUGUAAAGGGAAGAUGCUUUUUGUUUGGAACAAAAGACUGUGCGGCGACUCCAACGAUAAUGUCGGGGAAAGACUUUUUUGCGAAAAGUAAAUCCGUGAGAUGAUAUUACGGAGACUCUUGAGAAAGUAGAGUAGCAGAAAGAAAGUGUUUUUUGUCAAGUGCAAUAAUUAAAAUACUGAUAAUAAUAAAACCAGAGACGUCCUGUCUGUCUGGGUACAUUUGACGUAAGUUUUCCUCGUGUGACAUCGUUUUGGUGACAUAACCCGUCCACCAUGGACCUGCUGGAGUGUCCUCUCUGCCUCUUCCUGAUGUGCGAGCCCGUGACCAUGUCGUGCGGCCACACGUUCUGCCGGAGGUGCGUCGGAGGUUACCUCCCGUCCAAAUGCCCCAUGUGCAAGGAGCGGUUGAAACAGAAGGACGUGAAGGGCAUGAAGAACAACGUGCUGCUGAUCAGCGUCGUCGAGAAAUGCUACCCCGAAGAGACCCGAGUGAAGUGCCAAAUCCAGGAGAAGCUCAAAGCCAACGAGUUCGCCGAAGCUCUGCGCAUGACCAAUGAGGAGCUGCGCUUAGCUCCAGAUGCUCAGAGUUUCAGGUUGUACAGGGUCGAGGCCAACUGGGGCUUGCAGCGUUUCUCUGACGCUCUGACGGACCUCGAUUACCUCUGCUGCCUUCACCCCAACUGGACGGAGGGCUUCUUCCGGAAAGGGAAUGUGCUGUUGGAAAUGGGUCAGCAGAGAGAAGCUCUCGUCCAGUUCCAGCGUUGCCUAAAGCUUCACGCCGACUUUGGUCCUGCAAAGACUCAGAUCAAAAAGAUCCUGGAGGUGGAGGGAGUAGUGGUGCCAGAAGACGUGUCCUGCAUCCUGCAGGUGGUCUCAGAUUACCUAAAGGUGUCCUGUCCCAUCACAAGCCUCAGCAGCUCCCAGGGGCCGAUGCAGAGCGAAGGCAAACACCCGCUCAGAGAGAGGAGAGAGGCACAACAGGGGAAGCAUGAGUCCGGCUCCGAAUGCUGCCUUAGCCUCUGCCAAGCUGUUUCUUUCCUUCCUGCUUCAGAGGAGGAUGAAGAGAUGAUGAGGAAGGAGGAACAACACUGUAGAAGUGAAAUGAAGGAGCAUUCAGAAGAAAGGCUGAGUGUUCUCACUGUGUCCGACUUCGAGUGUCCUCUCUGCAUUAGGUUGUUUUUUGACCCGGUUACAACUCCCUGUGGCCACACCUUCUGCAAAAACUGCAUUGAGAGGAGUCUGGACCACAACCUCCGCUGUCCACUCUGUAAACAGCCGUUGCAGGAGUACCUAAAAAACAGGAAGUAUAACCCGACAAUCGUCCUUAAAGACUUCCUGAACCAGCUUUUCCCAUCUCAACUGGCUGAAAGGAAACAAGUCCACGAGGCGGAGAUGGCUGAGCUCUCUAAUCUCACCAAGGACAUCCCUAUUUUCGUCUGCACGGUGGCCUACCCGGGAGUGCCCUGCCCCCUGCACAUCUUUGAACCUCGAUACCGGCUGAUGAUGCGGCGCUGCAUGGAGACCGGCACCAAGAAGUUUGGCAUGUGCAGCUAUGAGCACGGAAAAGGAUUUGCAGAUUAUGGCUGCAUGCUGGAGAUCCUCGAUCUGGAGCUGCUACCUGAUGGACGCUCUUACGUGGAAACUGUAGGGGGCAGCAGAUUCCGGGUGCUCAAAAGAGGCCAGAGGGAUGGCUACCAUACAGCAGACAUCGAGUUCCUGGAGGACGUUAAGGUUGAUGGAAGUGAGCUGGAGCUUCUGCAGCAUCUUCACGACAGCGUGUACCAGCAGGCUCAGGAUUGGUACCAGCGCCUGGGAAGCCGCACCCGCGAGCAGAUCAACCGUCAGCACGGCAGGAUGCCUGAAAAAGAGGAGGACAUUCAGGUCUCAUCCAACGGCCCAGCAUGGUGCUGGUGGCUGCUGUCGGUCCUCCAGCUGGACCCCGCCUAUCAAACCACUGUCCUGUCACUGACCUCGCUCAAAGACCGCCUGGGCCACCUCCGCCUCGUGCUGGAGUACUUCUCUCAGAGCUAGAACCGGAGCGCACAGAGCGCCGCGUCCACGGAAACCCGUUUUUAUGCACGCACAAUUCACAGAGGGACUGUUUUGACCACCUGGUCAGACGUGGCUUUCCUGCAGAACACGGCAUGCUUUCUUGUCGUUUUUCACACCGCAGUAAUUCUAAGAAUACAAGCCGUUUCGGUCGUACCUUUAAAAGUUGACCAAAGAUGCUUCUUAUUUUGGGUCAGCGUGGAAUAAAUCAGUCCUCGUAUAAAAUAGUACUUCAAAGGGAAAGUGGGUGACACUAUUUCUCAUUAUACACACAAAAAAAGACAUUGAAACGAACUAGUACAGAUGUGUAUGCUGCGUUUCUUCACUUAGGCUCUUUCUUUGAACCGUUUGGAGAUAUAAAUAGUGUGUAGAGGUUUUGGUGGAAAUCUCCUUCUGUUCUCUGUGCCCAUUGAAUGCAGGCACUUCUUUCUCGCCUUUUUUUUUGUCAAUUGGCCUUGGCAGCCGUUAAGUGUUGCUGAUUUUAUACUUAAAUAUAAAUAAUCUCAUUUUCUCCACCCCCCCAAUCAUCGUUUUAGAGUUUGCAAUAACAAUAAUAAUACUUUUGCAUGACAGCAGCUGGGGGAUCUCUUUAUAGUGAAUGAAAGCUGCCGUCUGGUGAAUAUUUUUCUAACUGUCUUGUGGUUAACAGCCUCUUUGUUAUAAGGAGAACAUGUGGUCAGUGAGCCUGACGACCUCUGAUUUAUAUAGUCUGUGGUCAAAUAUCAAAUCCUGUGCUUGUGUCGGUUUUUUACUAGUUAUCAUUUUCACCAGCUAAUUAUUAUUAUUUUUUUAGCAUUAAUGAUAACUGUACAGUUUGCUCCAUUUUGACACAACAGUGUUUGAUGCUGGGACAGCUGUAAGAUACUAUGUCACUGUGGUUCGUCUAAGACUGAGUCCCUCCCCUCUGAGGCCACUGUAAACCUACCUCCACUGCUCUGUCUCCGCGUCAGUCAGGCUUGUGCAUCAGCUGACCCCCCUCUGGUUCGGUGACCCCUCUGCAAGUCUUAGAGCUCCUGGAUUGUGUGACUUUCGCUGCCACAUUCCAAUGGAAUGUUAAACUGGCAAAGUUGUCUAUCCUCAAUUCAUCAACUAAUACGGGCUUAACUGGGUGAUUUUUAUUAUUUUUUUCUCUUUGAUAAAAUGUGCCAUUGAUAUAUAUUCUGUUAUUUGCUUGUAGAAAUAAUUUAAGAUGUGUUUUUACGUGUUUCAUGGAGCUGUAUCUCUUACAGACAUAUCACAACUGUCCAGAAAAAAAAAAAGAAACUCUUACAGUUUGUACAGAUUGCAGCGCUGCUGGUAUGAAAAUCUGAAUCUCUCUCUGAAAGAGGAGUGAACAACAGAGCUGAGGUCACAAUACGCUUCAUUUCUGAACUUUGUGAAGGGAAAACCUCACCCCGUUUAAGCUAGCACAACUCAUAAAGGGACCGACUUUUUUUUUUUUUCUUUUACAUUUUUCAAUGACAGUCGAAGCAUCAUAGAUAAACACACAAAUAGUUUGUGAUGAUGUUUCUGCUACUGUCCUUAUCCACAUCAAUUCUUUUUUUUUUAUUAUUAUUUUUAUUCAAACUUGCCAACCUUCUACAUCGAUCUCAGCCAUCAGUUUCACAUUUGUUUACUUGGGUUACCAGAGAAUGUAAAGGUGUCAUUUCUGCACUGCUGUGUGAUUUCCUUCAUAAGACUAUUUUAAAAAAAAUCACUCCAUAUAUUUUUGCAUGCAUAAGCCAUUUUUUUUCUAAUUAUUCUCUAUUUUCUGAUUUAAAAAAGAAAUGACAAGUUUUGCUGCAGAUUUUCUGCAUUUGUUUGCUCCCUUUGAAGCCGUGCCAGAUGUCCGUAGACUUAAGCUUUGCUGUUAUUUGACGUUUAGGAAAAAUGUCCCCACUUUGAAACCAUUUGAUCCAUAUUAUUUAACACUCAGAACAUCAGGCGACCCACUUUUUAGCUAGGAGAUUUGGCACUUUUAGGAAAAGUUGUGGAAAAGCAACCUGGUGGCGUUCUGCACCCAACGCCAGUUAAAGCCCUGAAAGUGCAGCACUUUCUGUGUGAAUUAAUUUGCAUUCAUUCCUCCACAUUCGAUUGUUUUGAUCUAAUUACUGUUUACUUGCUUACUGCCUGGAUGACUUUUUAAGUGUUAUGAAUAAAGAUUUUCAGAGCAAGUCGUGAUUAAUGGGUGUUUAAUGUGUGUAGGUAAUUAAAAAAAGUCCAAAAGUUGAUGAUUUAAGAGUCAAAUAAUUACUCAGAUGAUCUGGAAAAAAAGUUUUUUAUUUUUUAACUUCUAAAGUUGGAAAUUCCCAUGAAUUGACUUUGAAUUUGAUUAAUUUAAAGCAAUCAAAACGAAAGAAGACAAACAAAAUACAUAUAUCUCUAUACAUAAAUAUAUCAAUUGUGACUUGAUUGAAAAAAUAAAAGUAGACUUUGACAUUAACACAGAUCCAACAACUUAAAUCCAAUUUCCAAGUAGAGUGAAUUUUCUAGCUUUUCCUGCCUGAGAAAAGUGAGAAGCAGCUGAUUUGCUGAGAAUCAUCUGACUCCUGGGUGAUAAAAACAGCUAUAUGGUUGAAAAAAGUUUUAUCACAUUUGAUUUUGUAAAAUAUUUACUUUAGCAAAAGUAUAAUUUGCUCUAAUUAAGUCAAUGUUCUCAUCCGGACAAGCAAAAAUACAUGUACAUGGAGUUAGACAACUGACCACCAGGGGGCAGUCUGAACCUGUGUCUAAAUAAAAUGCUAACUUCACUCCAGUUUUGAAGUUUUUCUAGUUUUUUUCGAACUAUAUAGACUCAAAGUGAUCUCACUCUAAAAUAUGAUUUUAAGUCAGAAGUGGCCUGCAGAGAAAUGCAAUAAAUUAAUAACAGAGGGUUAAAAAAAAAAGAAAAAAAGCAAAGCGAGAGUGGAUGACAGUAUAUUUUCAUGAACCACAUUUUCUUUGAACAUGAAUUUGAAUUUGAAUGAAAGAGAAGUGUGCGGCAGAGGCGAGGUGCGUUUCUGCCAGCAUGCUCUGCAUAGGAAGCAGCGGGAUAAAAAGGGGUUUCGCCGGCUUUAGCCGGGUUCUGUAAUGCAGCUCAAUGUCUACAUCAAAGCCAUUACAUUUGAAGAACGCCACAGCUUUUCUGUUCUAAAUUGAUCCAUCGGCUCACUCUGACUCCCUGCUUGUGUAUGACUGAGUAAGGAUGACAGGCGUUUUGUAGGAGUUAUCACAAAGGGGAGGGGAGGGGGAGAGACCGGCUGUGUCUCUAUUGGUGUGGGUGUUUGUGUGUUCUUGUGUCUCUGCUGCCAUGAGGGCUACUUAACUCAAAAGAUGAGAAGAAUCCUCAACAUAAUGCAUGUCUUACUAGUUUAAAGAGCAUGGGAGUCCGGGAGAGGGGUUAGAAUUUAUCCAUCUGUGAUUAACACGACAGAUAAAACAUCCAAAUCCACAUAAGUGUGUGGAUCUGUCCUCCACAGCUAUGGAGAAAUUCAUCUGUGCUUUCUCAGAAAUCAAGGGAACAACACC